GCCUGCAGAAGAAGAUAGAGAACACAAGGAGAUCGAAUUCCUGAUAAGGAGUCACUUGUGGCCCAGGUGCACGAGCACUGAUCUGAGAUCAACACCUGCAGCUGGACAGUCAUGAGUUUUUCUCCAGGUCCGAGCACUCCCAUGGGAGCCCACAGCAUUCAGGAUCAGCGCGACCGCUGGGAGAGAAAGAGGAACCGGGUGGCCCGCGAGCUGGUCAAGAGUGAACAGAAGUACUGCGAACAGCUGGAUCUAGUUGUCACGUACUUUGUGGAGAUCUUGAAGGCCAAAGGAACCCUCAGGCAGGACAUUAGAGAAAGCAUCUUCAGUUCAAUUAAAACCAUUCAUUUAAUAAACCAGUCACUGCUCGCUGAUCUAGAACAGCAGAGGUUUGGUUUGGGGUUUGAGGAAUUUUCCAAUCACCUCCAGCUGUACAAUACGUACGUUGACAACAUCCAGACAGCCAAAAAAGUUCUCACGGUUCAGCUAAAGAAGAGCAAAGCCUUCAGACGGUUUAAGAAGCUCCAGGAAUCAAGGCCUGAGUUUCAUCAGCAGAAACUCGAGGACCUGCUUCCACUUCCUCUUCAGCGCAUCCAGCAGUACAAACAUUUCUUGAGGGACCUGACAGAGAACACAAGUCCAGACAACCUGGAGUUUCAGCAGCUUUCAAAGGCAGUGAAGGCGGUGUCAGAGGUCGCCCAGCGCAUCCAGGACAACGCUCACAGACAGGAGAACCACCUGCAGCUGCGCAGAGUCCAGAAACAGCUGAAGGGCCGAAAGACCAGAAUCCUGGCUCCAGGGAGGUGGUACAUUCGGGAAGGCUGGUUGAAGAUAGUGCCCCCUAAAGGCACGGAGGCCAAACCCAAAAUGUUCUUCCUGUUCUCUGAUAUCCUGCUUCAAGCCAAACGGUUCAGUCCCAUACACCCAACCAACGGGGGCAAGUUUGCCUGCCAGCGAAUCUACCCGCUGAAGGAGUGUACUGCGGAUAAAGUCUUUGGCCACACCAAAAGCCAAGGUGGCCUUAUUAGUUUGACUUUUGCCAGAGCCAAACUGUUGCUGAUGUCUGAGGACCAGGAGGACAUCAACGAUUGGUACCGCAGCAUCUGCUUGGCCACCGGGCAGCUGAAGUCAAAGAAUACAGUGGUGCACAGAAGAGAUGAACUGAGGAGAAGACCCAUCAGAUCAGAUCCUGACAGUCAGAAUACUCCAGAUCUCCAGCCAACUUGUGGAAUGAAAAGAACCAUGGUACUGGAUGAAGAUGUAAAGGGACUUACGGAGGGGCACAUCAGCAGCUCCGCAACAUCGACGGGGGAGAACGACCACAGCGCCAACAAGAGGAUGAAACACGAUGACGCUCCCUCUGUGAGACCUCAGGAAUCCGCAGGCUCAAGCUGUGUCAUUCUGUGAGGGGCUUCAAAGUGUGAGAAAGCUGAAAGAUCUGCCCAGGAGACACAGAUGAGGAGAACAUCCCAGAGGUGAUUUGGGCUAGAAGGAAUGCAAUUCACUCCAUGGCAUUUGAAAGAAUGCUUGUUUUGUUCUUGGAUACCAAAGAAUUUGGUGCAGUGCAGGGUUUAUACAAGUAUUUGGAUAUUUUUAAGCAUGUAUGACGUUCACAUUUUAAAAUAUUUUUGUACUGUGAUGUCUUAAGGUUUUGGCUAUGCAGAAUGUGCUUGGCCCAAAUUGAUCACACAUAAAGACCAAUAUCUAUUUGUCAUAAUAUAACACACAAUUAUAAUACAAAUUUAUAAUGUAACUGAAUAUUUAUUCAUUCCUUACUGAUUAUAUUCGCAACACAAACUCAAUAUUAUUACAGGAAUACGAUUUUAUCAUGUGAUGAAGAUUUGAAUGACUGAUGCUAUGACACUUUUAUUCUUGCACAUUAUUUGUAGUACUAACACUGGAAUAAAAGGAAACGCCCAUGUUACUAUGUAUAAAUAUAUUGCAUGUUGCUUUAAGUAUAAUCUUACCCCGCAUAUUCGUUAUCAACUGAUUAUGUAUUACAGUGUACAGUAAAUUGCCAAAGUGCUGUUUUUCUAUGUUUCUUGUUUUGUUAACAAGCUAAAUCCUUUUCCUGUGCUGGAGAGAUUUAAUGACUGAAAUAUGUUACACUGGUCAAUAUUAUAUAUUUUUUUGCAUAUGAAUUAAUAAAAGCUCAUUGAUUUGGUCUUAACAUUGCAAUACACCGUUGAACUUGCCAUGCAACAUAAAAUGAGUUUA